CACGUCAUUCUCCAUCGACCAAGACAAGGAAAGGACCUUCUAGCCGGCGUUUUGUUGUGGACAGCAUCUGCUCCCUUCAUCCAAGAAAAUGUAUUAUAAAUUUAGCGGUUUCUCACAAAAACUCACAGGGUCUGGUCUGGCCUCUGUUUACAGUCCGCAGGGGCUGAGGCCGGGCGUGCCUGCCGAGGCUCCAGCCAUGGUUUUCGCUACACCAACCAAGCUGGUGUCAGAGGCUGGCCCUGCAUUGGAGUACUUGGGAGCAAAUCGGGUGCCUGACCUCCAGAGACUGUUCCAGAUCUCUGACGGCACCCCCGUCCACCUGAAGCGCGGCGUCCCCGACAGGCUGCUGUACCGCACCACCAUGGCGCUUACGGUGGGGGGCGCAUUGUACUGCCUCGUGGCGCUCUACAUCGCCGCCAAUCCCUCCAAGAAGUAACUGGCAGUCUCCGCCACCACCAUGAUGGAUCAGACCGGGGGUCACUGAUUCACGCCGGGCGCGCCCCCACCUCCCUGGCUCUCCUGUUUCGGCCUCGCCUCGUCACACCCGGGGGGCCGGCGGCCGUGCUGCAUGUCAACCCGUGGCAGCUGUUUCCCAGUUUGGAAAGACUGAAACGUCCAGAUAAUCUUUCGUGCAAUUGCUUGGAAUGGGAUUCAAACUGUGUCAUACACCUACAGAACAUACACAGGUGUGCCAUCUUUUGUGAAGAGAUAAUUUAUGUUAAUAAAUGUAGGAAAAGAAAUUGGACAAACUGUA